AUGCGCGCCCAGGGCGCCGUCGUCCCGCCCAGCUUUGACCUCGCCGGCGCCUCGCUGGGUCCUCAAGGGUCGGCGCAGGCGCAGCAGCAGCAGCAGCUCGGCCUCGACGCGCAGGACGCACCCGCCGAGACGCCGAUCGACGUCAACAGCCUCGUCGCCAAGAAGGGCUACAACCCGGCCGUGUUCGACCUCAAGCCGCACAACGCCCGCUUCUUCGUCAUCAAGAGCUACACCGAGGAGGACGUGCACAAGUCGCUCAAGUACGAGAUCUGGGCGUCGACCGACCUCGGCAACAAGCGCCUCGACCGGGCCUUCCGCGAGAGCGCCGACAAGGGCCCGAUCUACCUCUUCUUCUCGGUCAACGCGAGCGGUCACUUUGCCGGCAUGGCCCAGAUGCUCACGCCCGUCGACUACUCGAUGUCGUCCAACGUGUGGGCGUCGGACAAAUGGAAAGGCGUCCUCAAGGUCCGGUGGAUCUACAUCAAGGACGUGCCGCUUUCGGCCCUGCGCCACAUUCGCCUCAACAACACGCCCGAGAACAAGCCCGUCACGUCGUCGCGCGACACGCAGGAGGUGCCGUACGACGCCGGCCUCGAGGUCCUGCGCAUCAUCGCCGGGUACCAGAGCCGCACGAGCCUCCUCCAGGACUACGCCUGGUACGAGGCGCAGUUCCGGCGCCAGCAGGCUGCAGGCGCCGACGGCGACGGUGCCGGUGCCGCCGCUGCGCAGGUGCCCGUCCAGCAGAUCCCGCCGCACUACGCUCCGGCGGCGUCGCAGUCGGUCUCGGGCUCGCCGCAGCAGCCGGGCGGCAACGGCGGCGGCGGCGGCGGCGGCGGCGACAAGGGCCCUCGGCAGCAGCAGGGCGGUCGCCGCUUCUGGGGUCGGGGCGGGCAGGGCGGCGCGCAGGCCCCGCCGCCGCAGCUCCAGGCGCAGCAGCAGCACCAGCAGCACCAGCACCAGCACGUCCCGCCGACGGCCCAGAUGAUGUCGCCGCCGCAGCAGAACGGCAUGGGUCGUGGCCCGCCGCCCCACCUCGCGCAGGCGCAAGGCUACUGCGGCGGCGUCGGCGGCGGCGCCUACUGA